AUGACGGUCUCGAUCGCCGAAGUCAUCGAACUCAAGCGCACGUCGCUUCUGACGUGGCGCACGGUUGGCGUCUUUCUCCUCACAUCGAUUCUCGCCGCGUGCGAAGGCCUCGGUGCGGCGCUCGUCUACCGGAGUCUCCUCACGACCCGCGCCACCGCCACCGCCACCGCGAUAAGCACCGGUCCCAUCGUGGCCUUCCAGUGUGCCAACGGACGCUUCCUCCACACGUAUGAGAACGGGUCGGUCGCGUGCUCUGCCGCACAGAACGCGACCACUAGCGAAACCUUUACCAUGCUCGACGUCAACGGCGCGCUCCACAUAGCUACGCCGCUCUCGGCAACGACGCUGUCGCUGACGCAGCAAGCCAUUGCAAUCAUCAACCAAGCCGUCCCCGACAACAUUUUUCAAGCCCUAAGUGACGGCACGCUCCUCAGUGUGAUUGCGUUUGCACUCCCGCUCGGUGUCGCCGUCGCACGGUCGCACCACAGCAGCAUGCCCGGCCCGAACGAGCUCCUCGCGCUCUUCCGCCAAGCGCGCAACGCGCUUCUGUUGCUCGUCACCGGCACCCUUCGCUUUACGCCGAUCGCCGUUCUCUUCCUCUUGACGAAUGCGAUGGCCACGUAUACAAAAGCGUCAUCGUCGUUUGCAUCCCACGCCGGCUACGUGGUGCUCUGCUUCUUCAGCGUCGUGCUCAUGCAUGUCGGCCUCGUCCUCCCUUGCGUCCUCUACCUCUUGAUCCGCGUCAACCCAUAUGCGUACAUGAGGCAGCUCGUACCCGCGUACGUCUUUGCGUUCGGCUGCUCGUCGUCGAUGGCGACGCUCCCUGUUGCGGUCACCGUCAUCCACCAAACGCGCAAGGUGACGCGGUCGACCGCGCAGCUCAUCAUGUGCUUGGGCACACCCACCAAUAUGAACGCCGCGGGCCUCUACCACCCGCUCAUGGUCGUCUUCAUGGUGUACAUGGAAGGCAUGCUGAGCGAGCUCACGACACCGAAGCUCGUGAUUCUCUUCUGCAUCAGUCUCGUCGGCUCGAUGGGCACCGCACCGGUGCCCAACGCCGGCUUGAUCAUGCUCUUGACCGUGUGGAAGACGGUGUUUCCGACCGCGCCGCUCCCGCAUUCGUUUGUGUAUGUGGUCGCAAUGGACUUUCUCCUCGGCCGUAUCCGCGUCAUGGUCAACGUCAACGGCAACAUGAUGGCGACGCGCAUCUUGGCCCAUGGCCUCGACGAGCACUCGACGGACGAAGAAAACAACUACGCGUAA